AUGUCAUUCGACCGGACGCAUAGGGCAACAUCGCUGCCGCCGACCCAGUCGCCGCCUCUGGCAGAGAGGAUUACCGACGACCCGGUCACGAUCAAGACUGCCCAGAGCACGGUGACGCUGGCGUACCAGGCCAACAUCGGCGGGUACUGGCACAACGUCUCCAUCACGUGGUGCAAGAACCUGAUGAACCACUCCCUCAGCAUCACCGUCGACGGCCUGGAGGGGGACUUCCACUACACCUGCAAGAUCUACCUCAAGCCCUGGCACUUUUGGAGCAAGAAGGGGUACAAGUCCUUCGAGGUCGAGUCGAAACGCGUGGACGUGUACUGGGACCUCCGGUCGGCCAAGUUUGCCGGGAGCCCUGAGCCGUGCACGGACUACUACGUGGCCCUCGUCUCGGACGAGGAGGUGGUCUUGCUCCUGGGGGAUUACAAGAAGAAGGCCUACAAGAGGACCAAAUCCAGGCCCGCCCUCGUGGACGCGAUGUUGUUCUACAAGAAAGAGAACGUGUUCGGCAAGAAGACGUUCGCGACGAGGGCCAAGUUCGACGAGAGGACGAAAGAGCACGAGAUCACCGUCGAGAGCACGACUUUCGGGCACCGAGAGCCGGAGAUGUGGAUCAACAUCGACGGGGCCGUGGUGAUUCACGUUAGAAACCUGGAUUGGAAGUUCCGCGGAAACCAGAACAUCGUGGUGAACAAGAAACCUGUGCAGGUGUUCUGGGAUGUCCACGACUGGAUGUUCAAGAGCCCUGGCACCGGCCACGGCCUGUUCAUCUUCAAGCCCGGGCUGGUCGAGCCGGAGAGCGACCGGGACGGCAGCAGUCGUGGGGCCAACAGCGACAGCAGCACGGCCACCAAAUACUACACCGCGCGCACGGGCUCAACCGCCCCGGAUUUUUGCCUUUUCUUGUACGCAUGGAAAGUGGAGUGA